AUGAACGUCACAAGCUAUCGUUACUAUAAACUCAAUUAUGUUGUCCUGAAGUUUCUCAGGCUAUGGAACACGGAGGCUACAACGCCGGAGAUACUUGUGAGGCUGGCUAUGCUUUAUUGCUUCUUCAUGUGCACAGUUCUUCAGGUGAAGUUUUUGUUUGCACGCAUCGAAGGUGACUGGAACGCAUUGGAAAACAUGGACGAGUACAGCGUGUUAAAUAAGUACACCGUAUUCAGCAAAUUCUUGCUGAACGCUUAUAUAUUAUUCUCAGUACCAUUUGGGGGAGCUCUAAUAACGUAUGGAUACACGCCGAUCAUUCUUGAUAUCGUGAUGCCGUUGAACGAAUCACGUCCCCGAGAACUCAUGAUGUUAGCCGAAUUUUUCGUCAUCGAUCCGGCUGAGCACUUCGUACCGAUCAAUCUUUUUGUGUCUGUCGUUGCCGUCGUGGGAAUUACGCUAAUAAUAGUUACCGAUGGAUCAUACGUUAUGUUUAUAAUGCACAACUGUGCCAUGUUCAAAAUAGCUGGGUAA